UCUGUGUUCCGUAUUUUUCCUCUGUGUUGUGCGUGUGGGUCAGAGUGCGAACGAGCAAAUGGCAAUAGGCCCUCCUACCGCUGGCAACGUCUGAACGGUUACUUUCACUGGAAAGAAAGCCACAGAUGGCUUGGUAUCAUAAGAGUGACAGAUAAAAACAUUCACAAAGAAGUCUUGGUCGUAACUUUAUGCAAUUUCUUCAGCGCAUUUUGUCAGUUGAAUAGAAACUUUUUUUAUGAGCCACUUUAAAUCCUGGAAGAAUGGCAGAUGACAAAGAUGUGCUGCGAGAUGUUUGGUUUGGGCGAAUACCGACCAGCUUCACUUUGUAUCAAGAUGAGAUUACAGAGAGGGAGGCCGACCCCUAUUAUUUAUUGCUACCAAGAGUAAGCUAUUUGACGCUGGUUACUGACAAAGUGAAAAAACACUUUCAGAAGGUUAUGAAACAGGAAGAUAUGGGUGAGAUGUGGCUUGAAUAUGAAGGCACUCCUUUGAAAUGGCAUUACCCAAUUGGUUUACUUUUUGACCUCCAUGCCUCCAAUACAGCCCUGCCGUGGAACAUCACUGUGCAUUUUAAGAACUUCCCUGAGAAGGACCUCUUGCACUGCACUUCCAAUUAUGUAAUAGAAGCCCACUUCAUGUCUUGCAUUAAAGAAGCGGAUGUCUUAAAGCACAAAGGACAAGUCAUCAAUGAGAUGCAAAAGAAGGAUCACAAGCAGCUAUGGAUGGGCUUACAGAACGACAAGUUUGACCAGUUCUGGGCUAUCAAUAGAAAGCUGAUGGAAUACUCAGUAGAAGAAGGUGGAUUCCGGUACAUUCCAUUCAGGAUAUACCAGACGACAAGCGACCGUCCUUUCAUUCAGAAGCUGUUUCGACCAGUCACUGCAGAGGGGCAGACACACACCCUGGGUGAUUUACUGAAGGAAAUGUUUUCUGCUGCGGUAACUCCUAAUGAUGGUGAGAAGAAGUAUCAAGUGGUGAUUCAUGGGAUUGAGCCAGUGCUUGAGACACCACUCCAAUGGCUAAGCGAACAUCUCAGCUACCCGGACAAUUUCCUCCACAUCAGUGUCAUUCCCAUGCCCACAGACUGAAGAACUGGGCCGGGGUGUUCCUUAUAAAAAUAACAAAGAAAAUGAAAAAAAGACGACUUGCCACCCUCCAGAACAAACUCUUUACAAGAGCUCUCCGGCCCUCCACUUCUGUCAAGUUCUUUCGGAAGCAAUCUGACCAAAAACCCUCACUUCAGUAAGCCAAACAACGAGAUGUGAGAUCUCCACCACCAGAUAAAGGCAGCCUUUGCAUUGCUGCUUCCUUUCUCUGCUGUCGUCAUCAAACCUCAAUUGUGACAUCAAAGAACUACACAGGACCCCUGCGGCUGUAUUCUGGUAAAAGAGGAGAGACAGACAUGGAGACCGGCAAGCCGGUGGAAAGAUGGUUCAUUUCGAUUUGCACCUCUGAUUAGAAAGCAAAGAAACGGGUAUUUCCUAAAGUGUCCACACUUUGAGCUGUAAAAACCUAGCCAGUGGAAAGACAGGUUUACACUUUCCCAGUUCUUAAGGCUGCCUCUGGAAACAGCUUUUCUCAGUAAUACAUGCAAGCAAAGAUUUUUUUAUGGGCUAAAUUACAAGAAGCCAGUGUGAGCGCCUUAAAAGGUCUUCUUCCUUUUCUGGACCCUAUUUGAUCUGGAACAGAUUAUGUAUAAUAGUUAACAGUCCGAAGGGGGGGGGGGGGGGGGCGUGUAUACUAUAUAUAAAUCUUUUAGUAUAAUUACAUAACAGAAGAGUUUAAACAUGCAUGUUUUGUUUUCACAUUUUUGUACCCCAGACAUUUUUUGUUGUACUUGUAUUUCGCUAUGGGUUGUUUACUCCUAACAAACAGCAAAGAAAUAUGUUGCAUGGUCCAUACAGUAUAUUGAUUUUACUCUUAAUCAAUAAUAACACACUGUUAAUAUUCUAAAGAAGGGGGGGGAUUGCAACACAUUUGUACCUGCAUUGGAUCUAUAGAACUCUGCCCUGUAACUGACUGACCCCAAUGUCAAUUGUGACUUUGAAAGAAAGUAUUCACACUGGUUUUAUUAGCGGAGAAGAUGAUUUGGAAAGUUUCCCAACAGACCAGUAACUGUAAUUGUGUAUCAAAAGCAGCUGAAAAUAAUUAUUUAUUUAUAGGAAACAGUGACUAUAACUUCCCACACUCGUCAGCGAUGUUUCAUGUACUGAUCAAGCAUUAGUGAACCACUUGUCAGAAAUCUACGGGAUUUUGACUUUUCCCAAAAGUAUGCGUUAGCAGAAGGCUAUUGCAUUUGUUGAGUCAUUACAUCCUUCAUUGCUGGCAUUCAAGAUGUAAUCUUUUUACACGCAGAUGCCACACAGUAGACAAACCCAAAAAGUCUUAACAUGCCGACAAUGUCUUGCCACAAGCUUUAGGGAAGCAAGUGACUCUCUUUGUAUGUGUGUUAGACUCAUCAAUUAUUUUCUUUUUCAGGCAGUAUACUCCAAUGGUAAUUAUUUGCCAGUGGUGUUGUAACUAUGUCCUCUCCCAGGCUGGAUCACACCUUUCUUAACUCAAGGUCUUACCAGUGUCUUUGAUGUAACUUGCAGUGAUGGCUUUGGAAUAUACAACCCACAAUUACACCUGAUGGAAAUGGCUCACAAAGGAGCAGGCUCCUAAACCUGGAUGUCUCUAAAGGAACUGUAACAAAAAAAGCUGCUCCCUAAAUUCAGAAGAUGUCUACAUGAUAGGCCAAGUAGAUUUUGCAGGCUGGUGAUUGAGAAGGCAAAUCUAUACUUGAUGUUGUCUGAAGCAUCAUCUAUGGUUUGAUUGUGACUGCACCAGUGUGGGUGCACUUUUUGUUCUUUUCUCUCUAAGUGUCAUUGAUCUUAGUCAACUAUAUAUUUUCUGGGAAACUUUCUUUACAGAAUCACUUGUUAAUUGAAUCAGUUGCAUUUUGUAAUCAAAUAUUACAUCUCUUUGCUGUUCACCCUGUUCUCAGUACGCUUUAUUAAAUCAACAGAAAUUCUCUGCUUGUGUGCACCAUACAUUUA